AUGUCCACCUUCGUCCACUUUCUCCUCCUCCUCUGUUUUUGUCUUUUCUCUCUCCUUUCUGUCCACUCUCUCACUCUCCCCUCAGACAUCGCAGCACUCCAAGCAUUCAAAUCCUCCAUCAAACCCAUCACCAUCCCAUCAUACUCAUGCCUAGCCUCCUGGAACUUCACCUCCGAUCCAUGCUCUGUCCCUCACAUAACCCACUUCACCUGUGGUCUCUAUUGCACCACCAACCGAGUCAUCCAACUCACCCUCGACCCGGCUGGUUACUCCGGCACUCUCUCUCCUCUCAUCUCCAAACUCACCCAACUCACCAUCCUUGACCUCUCCGACAACAACUUCCACGGCCCAAUUCCUUCUCUCUCCUCCCUAACCAAUCUCCAAUUCCUCUCCCUCCGAUCCAACUCGUUCUCCGGCGCAGUCCCUCCCUCCAUAACCACCCUCAAAUCAUUACAAUUUCUUGACCUUGCUUAUAAUUCACUCACUGGGUCACUACCAAACUCCAUGAACUCACUCACCAGCUUAACAAGACUGGACCUUAGCUUCAACAAACUCGUUGGGUCACUCCCAAAACUACCACCCAACUUGCUGGUACUCGCUGUCAAGGCCAACUCUUUAUCUGGUCCUCUUUAUAAAUCAUCAUUCGACGAUUUAACUCAGUUAGAAGUGGUCGAACUCAGUCAAAACUCGCUCUCCGGAACCCUGCAAGCUUGGUUCUUCCUCUUGCCAUCACUUCAACAAGUCAACUUGUCCAAUAACAGCUUCACAAGUGUCCAAAUCUCGAAGCCCACCAACCCCAACAGUGACCUCAUUGCCGUUGAUCUAGGGUUCAACAAAAUCGAAGGCUAUUUGCCUAUAAAUUUUUCUGCUUACCCAUUGUUGUCGUCUCUGACUUUGAGUUACAACAGGUUACGAGGACCGAUUCCAUCGGAGUUCGGCAAUAAAAAGUCUUUGAAAAGGUUGUUUCUUGAUGGAAAUUUCUUAAAUGGGUCGCCGCCGGCGGGGUUUUUUUCCGGUGGGGCGUCAGUUUCCGGCAGCCUUGGGGACAAUUGUUUUGAAAAUUGUCCGGUAUCUUCGCAACUUUGCUUGAAAUCACAGAAACCUACGUCGAUCUGCCGGCAAGUGUAUGGUGGGAAACCAAGAUCAUAG